UCAGCUUCGCAUUUCAGCCUGGCUGUUUGCCUCGCUGCGUCGAUCUUUCUCAGUCUGGCUCUCCUCUCCUCUCCCCUCCUCUCGUUUACCAAUUACUGUCGCCCCCAACCCAUUAUCUGACAAUGUCAGGGAUAGAAGUCGCUGGUUUAUCAAUAGUGAGACGUAGUAUGGGAUGAGCGCGUGGUGAGGUUAACGCAUGGCUAGGCUCAGUAGCAAAGACGAGUGCCUGAGGGUGCUCCGCGAAGCACCAACAGAAGUGCAGAGCAUCGAUAUUGUUGCAAUCCACGGUCUCGGCGCCCAUCCCGAUAAGAGCUGGUGUAAGAAUGUCGGUACGGCUGAAGCGCCACAAUGGCGCAACUGGCUUAUCGAAGAUGAUAUGCUGCCAGCAGUAGCGCCAAAUGCGCGCAUUAUGCGGUACGGGUAUACAUCGCAGUGGUUCGAUCGUAUAAAAAUGCAGCUUGGCAUGUCUAUCGUGGCCGAGCAGUUACUAAGAGCGUUGAAGCAACAAAGAAAGAAUACUCCAUUCCGUCCGCUGGUGUUUGUAGCGCACUGCUUUGGCGGACUGAUUGUGCUUAAGGCACUCCUAGAAGCCGAACAGUAUCUAGAAGCAUGGCCUGGACUGUUCUCUUCGACUACUGGUUUGAUCUUCUUCGGCACGCCGUUUCGAAGUGCCGAGGGGAUGAGCCAGAUGGAGAUCCUCGAUGCAGCGCGGCGUAAGUACCACGACAACCAGGUGCAGCCUGUCGCUCUUGAGGUGCUACGGUCAGGCAAUGCCUAUAUAGAAGACUUAGUCAACAGAUUUCUAGUGACGAUGCGGGGCCGGACAAAUAGGACUCGGGUUGUGUGCUUUUUUGAGCUUGAGUUAAGUAAUGUGGGGAAGGUUGUAGACAAGCAGGAUCCGACUAUUUAUUGUCAGCGAGCACGCUGGGUGUCUAGACCUGUCUGAGUCGAUAUACAAGGUCUCGGUAUCGCGGACCCAUUUUGAUAUAAACAAGUUCGGAGAUGUGCACGAGGAAGACUUUGAGACAUUUUCAGACCUGCUUUGGGACAUCGUGGAGGCAUCUCCUCAUCUCUUAUGGGCGCGAUCUCAGGGUAACUAUGAUCAAAAUAUCGAAGUCGACCUUC